UUUGUAAACAAAAUCGUAAUCGCAAAAAACUUCCUCCACCCACCGUAAUUCCUUCAGAUUAUUUUCUUAAAAUAAGUCUAUUUUUUAAUCAGUAUUAUAAUACCUAGUGAUUAAUUUCAAUUGCUACUUUUCUGAAAGGUUGUUUAAACCGUUCAACAUGCAGUACUGUUUGGCAGACAUUGCUAUCCUACGGAGUGAUGUCUCAAAGGAAGGCACUACCUUCAAACAUCUGGGACAAAACUUUUUCCAGCUCGAUGAAACGCUAAAUGUGAAAGCUUUGCUAAAAGAUGUCCAUCGUAUCCCGGAAUAUGAACUCCACCAGCGAACGGAUGCGUCGGACAGCGCCACGAUUUAUUUGAGCUUGUUUCUCCGGCAGCUGAGGCCAGACGAGUGGAAUGACUUCGGAUGCAUUGAGCAACGCAAGCGAAUGGUGCGGAAAUUUUUCGAAGAAGUUGAACGACACGAUUUUGUCCGGUUGGAGGAGUUGCAGCUUCGGGAAGAAUCGGAUGAGCCGGGGACAGUUUUAAGUGUGGGUAAGUUUUACGACCGUUUGAGGGAGAGUCAUCUGGAAGACGUUUUGGAUGGGCCUAUUCCGGAUGAUGUGUGCCACGCAAGCUUGCGGCCCACGUUGAGGCCCUAUCAAAUUCAAGCCAUUCGAUGGAUGCUGGGCAGGGAAACCGUCCGGAAGAGGUUGCCGGCGCAGUAUUUGAAACUGAGAUGUCGAAACGUCCCGGAAGUGGAUUUCUUCAUGUACUUAGACAGUGGAGAGGUGGUCGAUGAAAUGCCUCGGGAAAGUGCUAUCCCUUCCGGUGGAAUCCUGGCUGAUGAAAUGGGAAUGGGCAAGACGGUAGAGAUAUUGGGGCUAAUGUUGUAUAAUAGGAAAAGGAAGCGCAAAUUGCAAGAGCUAGAGGUGGGAGUUAAUCGAUGUGAUGAAACAGUACAGGAGAAGACUGUCAGAUGCAUCUGCACCAAGACUUCAAAAAAGAAAUUGAUAGCAUGCAUGAAAUGUAAUCUAUUACAACACAAAAAAUGCGUCCUGAAGCACAGCGAGGAGCAACCUAAGAAGUACAUCUGCCCGGAAUGUUGGCGAUCGGAGCCGCUGGUAGAAACCGGAACGACCAUCAUCGUUUCUCCGGUGUCAAUCAAAAUGCAGUGGGCCUCGGAGAUCAACAAGCACAUUAACGAUCCGACAUUUAAAAUUUUCAUCUACGAAGGUGUUUCCAACAGUGGUUGGAUUAGUCCAACUGAUCUUGCGAGGUAUGACGUGGUUCUUACGGAUUACAACGUGUUGAAAACGGAGAUUCACUUCACGGCAGAAAAUGAGCGAACUUCUCGUCACGAGAAGCGUUUCCUCCGGCCGGUGUCUCCGCUUCCGUUGAUCCGUUGGUGGCGUGUGUGCUUGGAUGAAGCCCAGAUGGUCGAAGGUGUCCACAAUCAGACGACAAAGAUGGUAAAAACGUUGCCGGCAGUACACCGCUGGACGGUCACCGGCACGCCCAUCGAGAAGAGCAUGGACAAUUUGUACGGUUUGGUUCACUUUCUGGAUUAUGCGCCGUAUAAUGACUAUCGAAUAUGGUCCGAGCUGACUCGGAUGUUCCAGCAGGGUAACUCUCGGCCAUUGAUUCAUGUAAUGUCUCGGAUUAUGUGGCGCACCUGCAAGGUGGCCGUGCUGGAUCAGCUAGGAAUUCCACCACAGACGGAAGUGGUCCAUUAUAUUACGAUGUCCGAUUUACAAACUUUGUUCUACCGAAUGGAGCACGCCAAAUGUGCGACGGCUUUCCGGGAGAAGGCCAAUAAGCUCGCCGGAGAUGAUACCAGCAUGGCAAGGAUGAACAUUCACACGUUGAAUUUGCUAAUGGAACCAAUGCGUAAACUUCGCCAGGAUUGUAGCAUUCCGUCGGUUUUGCAUCGCUCGGAUCAACUCACAAUGAAGAAGAUGCUAACACCUACCGAACUGCACGAACAUCUGGUCACGAGCAAUGAAAUGGACUGCAAAUCGCAGCUUCGUUCUGUGGUUUCCAGCAUCAACGGAAUGGCAGCGAUUCACGUGAUCCGCAAGGAGUACGACCAGGCCAUAAAGAUGUACAAAUCUGCACUGCGCUGGGCGGAUGAUUACCAGGGAACGGUUAGCGUCGAUUCGCUGCUUCAGAUUCACGCUCUGUACAACAUUUUGGAAGUGUUGAUUAUGCAAGAGCAAGAGGGGGAACAAAUUUCCCCAGAAGAAGUCAAAGCAGACUAUGAAGAACGGUGCGCCAAACUAGAAUGGAAGUACAUCGAAACGUAUUCGAAUAUCGUUAAAGGUGUCGAGCUUGAAUUGAAGCAGGCCACAGAGAAACUCCGAGAGGUGAACACCAGACUCAGUGGCAAGAUCGAUGGCCGCUGGUGGAGAAGCGUCAUUUAUCGUGUUGAUCGGGAUGCCCUCAAGACGGCCAAUUUACUGAUUAAAUUGAACGUAGAAAUCCGGAAUCAUGACGGCAUGGCACGACCGAUCGAAACCAUCCGUGGGCUGGACUAUACGCUUACCGUGUGGUUGGACAAAAUAGCCCAGAACCGCACUCAGCUGCAAAAGGCAUUCAAGUCCAUAGACUACUUUGUUACGAAUCUCAAGCCGAAGCACUUGUGGCCAGAUAGUGUCAAGGCCCCCUUCGAAAAGCUGGUGCAAACAGCGUUUCUAUGCCAUUUGGACCCGGAAUUGCCGGACUUGCCAGUUCAAGAGCGAAUGAAGCGACCUACCUGCGUACUUUGUAACGUGAAAUCGGUGCUAACGCAGUACGAGUGCGUGAUCUUCCAAAUGGAAGUUGUCGAAGAUGGACCGACUACGAAGACCAAAGGUUCCUGGCAAAUAACGACCCAGGAGCUGAUUAUCCGACAAAUUCACGCUUUCUCCAAGAGGGACAAUCUGGACCCGGAAAUCAUCGAGGAAGGUGAUCUGCACAUCGCCUACUUGGAUGCCCUAAAAGCGGAGUUCAAGCAGUACUCCAAGUACUGGGUGGAGAUCAACUACACGGCUGCAGCCUACGACGAGCUGAACAUGUGCCGUUCCCGACUGCAGGUGGUCACCGUCGAGGAGCUGGAGGAAAACAACACCCGGAAAACCAUACAACAGAUCCUAGACUGCGAGGUGGACGAAACCUUAGAAGAUCUAAAGGUUCAGAGGAUGAACUCCGAGCGAGAGUUCGUGCGCCUCAAAGGAACGCUCAAAUAUCUGCAGCAUCUGGGCAGUGCCAGGGAGAUUGACGUGUGCCCAAUUUGUCAGUACACUCCGAAGGAUAAGUACGCCGUGCUGCAGUGUGGACAUCACUUCUGCGUGGCCUGUGCGCCGGAGAUUCUACGUAUGGCCCGGAACCAUGGCAACAUCAUCAGCUGUGUUGUGUGUCGCCAUCGGCAGCGAGUGCCAGACAUCUAUUACGUAACCUGCUCGCAGCUGGGCUCCUCCGAAGAGGCAAUAACCGUUCGCGGUAACUUCUCCAGUAAAAUUGUUAAAAUCGUGGAAACCAUUCUCCAGCUCAAGCAUCAGGAACCCGACGUCAAAAUCAUCAUUUUCUCCCACUGGGACCCGAUUCUGACGAUGUUGGCCCGAGCGCUGGACCAAAACGACAUCACAUACCGGGCGAAGACCACCAAGUUCUACAAGGGCAUCGAAGAGUUCAAGGAUUACCGGAACGCGGUAACCUGCAUGCUGUUGCCGCUCAAGUACGGCUCCAAAGGGCUCAACCUAACGGAAGCGACGCACGUUUUUCUGGUGGAACCGAUCCUGAACCCCGGGGAGGAACUGCAAGCCGUUGGCCGCGUGCACCGAAUUGGACAAACGAAGCCAACCUUCGUGCAUCGGUUCAUCGUGCAGAAGACCAUCGAGGAGACCAUCCAUCAAACCAUUCAGAACGACCAGAGCGGGCUCUGGAGCUCCAAACAGGUUACCGUUCGGCACUUGGAGCAACUUUUCCAGCUGGAAGACGACGAGAUUGUUCUCUAUUAGCAUGUUAGUAGUGUGCGAUCUAACACAUUUCAAGUCUCUUUAUUCAUUCCUUCGAAAUACGAAAUAAAAAAAAUACAUUUCAA